AUGACAAAACUGAAAAAGAUAAAGGAGGACUACUUAACCAUUCUUAAUUUGCACAAAGAGUUUGUAGACAAAUAUGAAGAAGAGAAGUCCUUCCGGGAGACCAUCAAAACCUAUCAGUCGAAUGAGUUAGCCAAGGACUUCUCCUACGCAGUUUUUUUCAUUCAUCUUUUUGUGAGAGGGGCAUACCUAAAUGGGGAAGCUCUCACGGAAGCGUUGGCCAAAGACAAUCGAGGAGAUGCUGAAGCGAAAGACCACGUGCCGCUUCUCCCCAUGGAUGAGUCUAACCCAGAUCAACACUCACAGAUUAGGAUAAAGAGUCUCAAAAACUCCAUCGCCUUUCUCAAUGGAAGGAACACACGACUCCUCAUGUGUGACUAUCUAAAAGUAUUAAUGAACAAUAUACAAAAUGAAAAUGAAAUUAGCUCAAAUUUCCUCAUUUUAGAAUACGUCACUUCACACGAAACGAAGCAGCAAAAUAAUUACACUCAAAUUUGUAACAUGUAUAAAUUAAAGGGACACGUAAAAGAGGAGCAGUCCAUUUUAUCCUACAGUCUCAAUUCUGUAAAGGAAAGAGUUGGAAGCUCUUUUCCUAGUGGAGGGGGAGGGCACAUCCUGGAAAACUCGCAAAAUGAUCAUAUAGGAAAAAAUCCAGAUGAAAAUAAUGUACAAAAAAAUAAUAACGAUGUUAACAACUCAAUGGGAUUAACUACCAAUGGUGAUAGAAGCGGAGAAGUGAUAUCCCCCUCAGCUGACGAUACACCAAAGGGGAAUGACUCCAAGGAGAGAGACAAUUCACCACAAAAAAAGUCAAACACAGAUGUAGUCCAAAUGAACGAACUGUUAUUUAAUAAAAUAUUAAAUAAUUUCGUAACCGAACUGAGGAGCUUCUUCUUUUCUGUCAUUGCUAAAAUACAGACAAGUCAAGUUGUAUCUCAACUCAUAACCUGCUUCGCAGAUAUUUGCCUCUCCUUAACACCGUACUAUGUACACAUAGUAAACUGUAUAGAAAUUCUCUCAGAUUUUGCAAAUAUCAUUCCGGUUAGACACAUGGAUCAUUUGAUGACCUUUUUCCAACGGAAUAAAAAUAUCUUCAUUGAAAAAUACAAAGAGUUUCAAAAUUUUGUCAUUUUUAAUGACCCCAUAAAAACUCAAUCUGUUGGAGCUCGACUUAUUGGCUUUAUUAAAAAUUUACAAAAAAAAAAUUCCCUAAAUAGGAAACAGAAAUCCAUGAAUCGUUGUAAAAAUACCGCAAAUGAUGAAUCUCUAAUUUUUAACGAAUUCGAAUUGAGCAUCCAGCAAAAUGUCAAAAAUCAUGCGAAAAUUAGGGAACUCAUUUGGGCUGAAAUUAACUCCCUUUGUACGGAAGCCUCCCCCAAUGGUGGCAGCUCCAGCGGGGGGGACGCGAAGCCAGACGGAGACCGCGAAGACCGUGCAGACUGUGAAGAUCGCGCCGAUCGAGCAGACCGCUCAGACCGCGCCGACCGCCGGGAUGACCCCACCAAGGGGGACAAACCCAAAGAGAAUCCCCUCGACAACCGCGAGAACAGCGAACGCAGCGAACACUGCCAACACCGCCAACCCUGCCAACACUGCCAACGCGGCGAACUGGACGAGGCGACCCACCCCACGAGCAAAGACAAAAAGGCGCACACAAAUGGGAAGGAUUCCACCAGAAAGCGAAAGAGGGACGAAGAAGACACUCCCGACCAAGUAACUCACACUGAUAAAAAAGACAUGAAAAGGUCGAAGCGAAACAAAUUAAAUGAAAGUCAAAAUGAAGAAAACAAAAAUUACAAAGUCUACCUGGCCUACCUCUAUCUCAUAUCGUUUGUCCGUUACCCAGAAAUGUGUACCGCCCAAAAUUGCGCCCCCCUGGAAGACGCCUACCAUUCAUUUAACCUCUUCCUUGCACAUAUUAAAAAUAUAAAAAAAAAAAAUCUCAUCAAUGUAAAAAUCGUGAGAGAGUAUCUCUACAACGCAGAAAUUGACUUUUUGGGAAAUAUACACAUUUACAAUAUGCUCAUUCGUGAUAAAAAUUUUCUUUGCGUCUUCUUUUUUAAUAUCCUCCUUGUCCUGAACUACCUGAAUAUCGACCUGAGCAUUUUAACACCCACUACAAAUGAAGGUCUCUCCACUGAAUACAAAACAACUGAUUCGAAAGGAAAAGAAAUGACUCGCUCGAACAGUUCAACACACAAUGUAGAUCACGGAAAUCAAUACUCAUCUACACACUCGUUAGAGGUAACAAAGAAUAGUGAAGACAAGGGUGGUAACUCCCCAUUUUCUCGUAACUCCUCAAGAACAUACUCAAAAAAUUCCAAAGAAGGAAUAUCCCACAUGGGUAGCAACACAAGUAGUGUUAUCUCCAAAGGUAGGGAUAACGACUCCGCUCCCAUAGGAAUAUCAGGUAGUAGUAGAGGUACCCAAAACACCCCCAAAGAGAGUAAAGAAGUGAAAGAUGUGAGAGAUGUGAAGGACACCAACUCAAGCGACAUAAAAGGGAAGGAUCAUCAAUCGGUUAGCGAAAGGAUAAAAAAUAUUUUGCAUUCAUUCGUAAAGGAUUUAUUACGUUAUCUAGGGAAUUGCAAAAAUUUGCAAUACUUUAUGAACCUUCUCGCAUCCGAGCACUGCUGGUAUACUUGGAAAAAACAACUCACUGGAAAACCGAUUAAAGAAAAUUCUGAAUCUCCUUUCGAAUUUUUACAUGUGGAAGAUCAAUCCAAGAGGAAGAAAAAAACAAAAAACAAAAAACGAAUCAUUGUGACAACGGAAUGA